CCAUCUGUGAGUUUAUUGUCCUUACAGUGUAAGAAAGGCAGGCAACAGAGAAGCAGGCUGUAUGAUGAGCUCAAGAGGGAUUUUUACAGAUGGGAUGCGCUCCCUGCAGGAGAUGUCAACCCUGUGACUUCCUUCAUUAAUGAUCCUCUCUGAUCUUUGAGGUUCCCGCUCAGAGCACGCUUUUCCACCUGUGGAGUCUGUUUCCAGAGUUUCUCUCCCUUCGCAGACGGACAGAAACAAUUGGAGAACAUGUCAGAGCUCAGCUCCAAAAAACAAGGAUUUAAAAAAUGCCGGAGUGCCACUUUCAGCAUUGAUGGCUUCAGCUUCACUAUUGUGGCGAAUGAAACCGGAGAGAGCAGUGCGAGACCUCUGGCACGAUUCGCACGUUCCAAGUCCCAGAAUGCUUUGUGGAACGCCAUCACAGCAGGCAUCGGGAUCAAGGACAAAGACAAGCGGGGUAUCCUGAUUGACCCGCGGAGCCCGGAGGAGAUUCUAGCUGAUGACCUGCCCUCUGUCGAAAGUCCUGAUGCCAUGGAGAAGACCGCCAUCAGGCUGAGAUGUUUGGUGAAACAGUUGGAGAGAGGUGAGGCUUCUGUUGUCGACUUGAAGAAAAACCUAGAAUAUGCUGCAUCCGUUUUGGAAUCUGUCUACAUUGAAGAAACAAGGCGCUUGGUGGAUACAGAAGAUGAGCUCAGUGACAUCCAGUCUGACUCUGUUCCCUCAGAAGUGCGCGACUGGCUGGCGUCAACUUUCACACGUCAGAUGGGGCUGAUGUUGAGACGGUCGGAGGAGAAGCCGCGAUUUCGCAGCAUCGUGCAUGCAGUGCAAGCAGGGAUAUUUGUGGAAAGGAUGUACCGACGGACCUCCAACAUGGUGGGGCUGAGCUAUCCACCCAGCGUGAUCACGGCCUUGAAGCAUGUGGACACGUGGUCAUUUGACGUCUUCACACUGAAUGAUGCCAGCGGAGAUCAUGCACUGAAAUUUAUUUUUUAUGAACUUCUCACCAGAUAUGACAUAAUCAAUCGCUUUAAGAUCCCUGUUUCUGCUCUGGUGUCUUUUGUGGAGGCCUUGGAGGUGGGCUACGGCAAGCACAGAAACCCUUACCACAACCUAAUCCACGCCGCAGACGUCACCCAGACAGUGCAUUACCUCCUGCUCAAGACCGGCAUGGUUCACUGGUUAACUGAGUUGGAGAUCUUUGCUAUGUUGUUCGCUGCUGCUGUGCACGAUUACGAACAUACCGGCACCACAAACAACUUCCACAUACAGACUAGAUCCGACACAGCCAUACUAUACAAUGACCGUGCCGUACAGGAGAACCACCAUGUUAGCGCUGCGUAUCGCCUCCUGCAGGAAGAUGAUGAAAUGAACAUCCUCUUCAAUUUGUCGAAAGAUGACUGGAGAGAACUGCGGGCACUGGUGGUCGAGAUGGUCCUGGCCACUGACAUGUCCUGUCACUUCCAGCAGAUUAAGGCCAUGAAGAACUUCCUGCAGCAGCCUGAAGCGAUUGAUAAACCCAAGGCCUUAUCCCUGUUACUGCACACCGCUGACAUCAGCCACCCUGCCAAAAACUGGAACAUGCACCACCGCUGGACCACCUCACUGCUGGAGGAGUUCUUCAGGCAGGGCGAUAAGGAGGCAGAGCUUGGACUUCCUUUCUCUCCUUUAUGUGAUCGCAAGUCUACCAUGGUGGCCCAGUCUCAGAUCGGCUUCAUUGAUUUCAUCGUGGAACCCACCUUCACUGUGCUGACAGACAUGAUUGAGAAAAUCGUGACUCCGCUGAUCGAAGAAGCCUCACCCUCCGGCCUGGCCGGGUUCAGACGCUCCAGUCUGAAUAACAUCCCGUCGGACGGUAAACGCUCUACUGUGAGAGGCUCUGGUUCGGAGAGCGGCCCUUCCCUGAACUGCUCCAUAAGCGCUGUCGAUUUUAAGACCUUCAAAAGCACAUGGAAUGAGGAAGUGCAUAAAAACAGAGAAAAAUGGAAAGCACAGGCUACCAAAGAUCUGGAAGAGAAGGCCAAACAGGAAGAGAACGAGGAGAAAGAUAAUAAAACCGACACAGACACACAAAGCAGUGACAGCAAAGGCGAUAAUGCUCAAAAAGAAGACGAGAUCAACACAGACCCGAGUGUGAAAUCUCAAGACAAACGGAAGGAAGACACGAGACAAGAGAAGGAUUCAAAGACAGAUCGAGAUGCUACAGGCGAUAACAAGGAGCCCACAGAGCAACAGCCCAGAGAGGAAGAGGGCAAUAAAGACCCAGGGGGGGUGAAUGGGGCUCAAACACCAGUGUCCGAUGCCAAAGAGCCCGAGACCAGCAGUGACACGGACAACAGCCAGCGAGCACACAACGCUGCCACUCGCCGCAAAUACCACCUGGUCAGAUACAGUAAGAAACCCAGUUACUGUGCCAACUCCUACUUGCCCUCCCGCAUGCAGAAAGAGGACCGCAAACCCACAGACCCCCGUAGCAGGGCCAGACACCUACAGAGCAUCUCUCUGAGACGGGGGAGGUGACCCCAUCUAUAGCACGCACAUUUCUGUCUGUUCUGCACUGUUGAUGGAGUUGAGAGAUGCUGUUUCAACCGAAAGUCAAAAGAAAAAAAACUAACAAAAAAUUAUAUUCUGCAUGAAGACAGGACUUCCAGAAUUAAGCAGUUUUGCUGAUGAUUCUUAUUACAGUUUUGUAUACAGAAGAUAAAUAAAUAGAUAAAAUAAUAAAUAAACAACUGAAUUAAUUUAAAAUAGAAACAAAAUCUAUUUUUAUUUACAUUUUAAUUUUAUAUAUAUAAUAUUUUUAUUAUGAUUUUUAACCAUGAUAACAAUUGGGAAGGAAAGACAGCUUGUGCUUUAUUUUAAAUUAUUUUUAUUUUAUUUUUUUUCAUUCUUAUUUUCGGUUGUGAUGCACAUUGUCUUAAUGUAUGCUUUUAAUUGAUUCCAUAUAAAAAUAGUGUAAUACAAAUAACAAAAAAAAAGAGGUAAAUCAACAUUAAGGCUCUCCAAUAAAUGUUACCAUAAAGUAUGAAUACUUAAAAAAAAUCAGAAAUUUUUAAAUUGUCAUGAGAAUUAUGUAGCAAACGCUAUAUAUAUAUGUACAUUCCAAGACCCUCAAAAUCAAAAGAAAAAUGUAUACAUACACACACACAGACACAUUUCUUCUUUUGAUUUUGAGGGUCUUGAAAUGUACCCAGUUAAUGUAAGCUGCUGUUCAUGCGUAAUCCAUACUAAAAACCCCUGUACAUGUACAUACUAUGUUAAGCACCACUUUCAGGAUUAAUAUAGAAGUUUUGCAGGUUAAUGUAGAUAAAUAUCGUCUCUGUUGUCUGUAUGACAUAAAAAUAAAACACAUGCACCAAAUUCACACUUUUCCAAUUAUUAUGCUUUGAUGUUCAUGUUGGAAAUAAAAAAAAAUUUCUUUGCAUCA